GGCAGCUAGUCCCAUUGUUUUCCAAACAUCAACAUCAUUUGAUUGAUUCGUGUCAAUUUCUUCAUGUUCAAUGCCAAUAUACUCUUCACUUACUGGCGUUAACGUCACAUACCUCACCGAAAUCCCUGCAGUGGAUAGGCUCGUUUAGCAUGCUUGGGGCGCUGGAUAAACUGUGGCCAGCCUCAUCUCACGCCGAAUACAUAUCAAGCAUGCACCCCCUCCCCCUUCUAUCACCGGCCGUGUAAAGAUAUAUUUUUUUCAAUUGGCAACUGUCUUCUGUCAAUUUCUUCAUUCAUUGUUUGGUGACUUCUUCAUAAUAUACGGGUUACUAGCACAGGAAUAUCCUUGUGUCCUGUUCUGUUCUGUUCUGUACCUUUUCCGAUCCAAUCUUUUAGGCUUCAGUCUUACUUCAAUUCAACAUUUACCACCUAAGAGUCACAACCAACUGUUGAAAACACUUAGUCCAGAUCAGCCUACAAACAUGUUUCAUGGAAGAUUAUCAUCACAUCCAUAUUUGCGGCCACCUUCGUCUGGGCCUCGAUCUCGUCGACAAGGAAUAUCGGUAAACACCUCAUCAAGCCAGACAUCAUCCUCCUCUUCAUCUCCGUAUACUGCCAGCGUCGAAAAGAAGCCUAUAUCUCCGGAGAAAUUCCAAAGUGCUUUAAAGCUAUAUAGCAAGUUCCGGAUGAAAGAAGGAUUGGCGCUACGCUCCCCAGAACCUAACGCAGCAUCGCCAAGUAGCAAUGUGUCAUUCGGUGCUCCUGGACCUCUCACCAAUGCCUCUCGAUCAUCUCAUUCUAAAACUGCAUAUUCGUUUGAUGCAGCCCCUUCGGAUUGGUCUUCGGUGAUAUCAUUCGAGACCGGCAGUCAGCAUUCGGUCAAAUCUGUAGCAAAGAACAAAGCAAUCUCUUAUCAAGGCAACCCAGUGUCACAACGGAAAAGGAAAAGGUUUGGCCCUGUGGCGAAAGCCAAAACGGCCUUAAUCCGACAUUUAGGGGCUUGCGAUAAAUGUAGAGAACGUAAUGUCAAAUGCCCUUUAGAACAUCAUGACAUCGAAAGCCUAGACCAUGCCCUCCAAUCAAGUUCUUGCAAACAAGAAUUCAACUCACAGCGUUACAACUCGACUUCCCCUAUUAACGAUUCUCAAACUGCAAACACCCCUUCUGGACAAGCUACACCAAUCACUUCACAAGUACAAUAUGAACUACAGGGUAUUGGUGAGAAGUUUGAUGUUGCGCCCGAUAUAUCCCUCGAUCACGAUUUGAUCCUUUCGCCCAUAAUUGAUCUGGAGGCUACGCAAAGCCAAAAUGAAAACAGCUUACCGGACCCCAUGAGUCUUGAGACCCGUGCUGCAAUGCACUAUUCCCCCUUCCAACAUGGUAGUCAAUUUCCUCUUGGCGUCUGGGAUCGUUCGACUUAUAAAUGCUACUUCCUUGAUGGCGAGUGUCAGCAUUCCUACUUUGAUGAAAGAUCUUUACAAGCACAUUUUGAAGCCAGCCACUUCGAGUUCACCCGCAUUGAUCCUUGUUUUAGAUGUAUUUGCACUCGAUGCUUCUCUGUAACUGCCUCUUACACUUGUGGCUGUGGUGGUAUAGUGAAAUUAUUCAUAUGUGGAAACUAUAUACGAACUGGUCAAUAUCCACCCGAACCUCCGCCUAGAACAUCCUAUUCCUAUACUGGACUCGAUAUACCCACAAUAUUUUCAGACGAUUCUUAUACAGAUACAGCUUUCGGGCCAGGACUCAGCUUUCACAUUAAUGAGACUCAGAACUUCGGCAGUGACGCUAACAACAUCUUUUAUGGUGAUGGCAGCAAUAUGUACCCAAGUCCUAAUUCCUCCACGUAUGAUUCCUACAAUUAUGAUUCCACACAACCAGGUGGGAAUCGAUAUAAUGGAUAUGCAUGGGCGUUGACUCUGGGAGCAAACAAGGCUACUGAAACUCAUGAACCCUAUCGUGUGAUGAAGUUCAGACAAACCCCGAAGCAUCAAAAGAUGUUGAUGUAUUUAUUACUUUCCUUAAUACUUAUCUUUACUGGCUUUCAACUCUUCCCUUGGAUUAUGUCUACCAUCUUGAAAAUCGAUCAGUUUCUACCUAGUAUCCCAACUCUAGGAUUCAUAGGAUUUCUGAUAUCUUUUGCUACAAGUUGGGCUACGAGACAUGCUCAUUCUACUCGCAAAGCUAAACGAUGCAAAAUGCGUCGAUGUCCCCUCCAUACUCUUGCACCCUUAAAAUCCCAACACGGCCAAAGAGUAGGUCCUGUCUUGAUACAUGCGAGUGUUUCAUGAGUUGUCGGGCUACGUACCUUGAUGAAUGUUACCCGCAACGCAAGUGAUCAUUAGUCGUAGGACCUACCUAGGGAACAACAAUCAUCACGACUAAUGACUCGCAUCACCAAUCUCCUUCGCAACUACGCUUCGCAAAUACGCUCCUCUCAGGCAAUUUGACGCAAUGAUGUUUCCUAUGUUCUAUAAUUUUGGGUUUAGCAUGCGAUAGAAUGGGUGUAUAUUGUCCUCUUUCUUUCCCAGCUUUGUAUUGGGUUAAACGUGUCGCACUCAAAGCGCAAAGCAUUUGCGUACAACUCACCUGAACUUCUCAUCUUUCUUUCUUUCGUUGCUCAGGUUUAUGGGAAAUGCGGCUGCGUGAUCGGUACAUGGAUUGGGAAAAGGGCCACUUCUCUGUUACCAUGGAGUAUAAAACAAGACAUGAAAGAUACGGAUAAAUGAACAGAUACGAUUGCAGGAUUUUAUGCCAGUAAAAUUUAUACUAUUUGGGUUUUCAUUUGAUAUAUUUCUCUCCUCUUUGUCGAAUCAUUUACUUGAAUCAAACCCGCCGACAAAAAACCCGCCGA